AUGUGCUGUUUAAGUUGCAGUAAUGCAAGUGAAACAAAUUCGCAACUUUUUAACGAGGAAUUUUCUAAUGAUAUAUUACAUUAUUUUUUAGUUUCAUCUGUGAAAAAACUUCUGCGACUGCCAUGUGUUGAAGAGUCGACGUCGGAGAAGGAUGUGAAGAAGAGCUUGCGGUUGGAUUCACCGUCCACUGAAGCCACCUUGACCCAGUUCCUACAAAAGGAAGGUAUGUCUGUCAUGUUCAUGGGUAUGACAUGUAAGCGAUUGAGCGUACCAAAAAUGUUGUCAGUGCCGCUUUCAAAACGAGACCGGAAGAAGUUUCCGUCAGAGGGCUUUCACUACUUCUUUGGCAGGAAUAGUGCUAACGGAACAAAGAAAUUUUGGAGCUGUGAACAAAAGGGUCGAUGCAAAGCUAGGAUACACACAACAGGUACAACUGUUGUCAUGGAGAUUGGUGAACGUUCGCAUGAUAAUUCGGCUGCAGCUGUGGAAGUGGCAGAACUUGUGACGAUGAUCAGAAGACAUGCUGAAGAUAACAUGGAAGCAUCCGUGCAAGUUAUAAACAAGUAUGCAGUUGGAGUAUCGCAAGGGGCUCGGGGUUCACUUAAAAAUCUUCGAGCACAUAAGAAGGUUGUAAUACGAAGAAGAAAUGAAGUGAUAGCCAACUAG